UGACUUUGAUAAGGUGAUGUCAAAGUCCACCGGUGACCAAGCUCCACUCAGUAUACGGGGUGUUACAGUGGGAAACGGAGAGGAGCUUUGGCCAUGGUGAUCACAUGUCUCCAACCUCUUUGGAAGUUCCCUUCAACCUUUCUGGGUUCCUCCUCCUCUUCUUCUUCUUCUUUAUUGCAGAAUCUUCAAAGAAAUUUCCAUAGAAGAAGCAGAGAUUUCAAAUGUUGUGGAGGGAGCAGAGUUGGAGAGAAGAGGAGAGGAGUGAUUGUGUGUGGGCUGCCACUGCCAGUUGAUCCAUGGGCACCCACCAUUGAUUCACAGAGCAUAGCUUCACAGCUCUUUGCAUUUUCUCUCUUUCCCUAUAUUGGUUUUCUGUACUUCAUCACUAAAUCCAAGACUGCUCCAAAGCUCACCCUUUUUGGAUUCUACUUCUUACUUGCCUUUGUGGGUGCCACCAUCCCGGCUGGUAUUUAUGCAAAGGUGCAUUAUGGAACUUCCCUGUCUAAUGUGGAUUGGUUACAUGGUGGGGCCGAGUCGCUUCUCACUCUGACCAACUUGUUCAUUGUGCUGGGGUUGAGAGAAGCUCUAAGGAAAGCUGGAGAUGCAAAAGAAAGCUCAUCUGAUGUAGUUUCAGGGAUCAAAGAGGAGGAACCUUCCAUCUAGAGACUAUUCCUUGUAUUUUUCUGCAGUUGCUCUGUUGCUUCCAUUCUUCCCAUCAAAUUAUCACUUGCAAUUCAACUACAAGCAUGGCUGUUUAGCAUGAAAUCUACAACCAUGACUGCAACAAGUUUUUCAUGCAGAAAAGGCAGCAGAAACUGGCUCUUUGAUCUUUCCCAGUAUUCUCUGUAGUGGGCUCUACCAUCCCUCUUCCUUCGUGUUCAAUGAUAAUGAUUCCAUCCAAUCCUUUCUGUGGCUAUUGUUUUCCUCUGAGCAAAUUCUUGUAGAGCCUCUCUUGUAUUAAUUGAUCCAAUGACAUGCAUUUGGGGUUUUCAGUUUUGUGCGGUGAAAACAUCAUUUCGUGUUGGGUCUGCCCUUCUGGAACGUAAAAUUCAGCACACUUGAACACAUUCAGCAGUUUAUGAUGUUCUUCAAGCAAUGAAAUCAGUUUGUUUGGCUGUAACAAUGAAAAGAACAGUUCCUCUGUUUGUUAACCA